AUAGACGACUGCCACCGGCACACAUGUCAAACUUGCAAACAUGGCAAAGAUGGAGAAGUUGGCUCUUGUGUUCGUGUUACUUUUGGGAACGUCUGCACUGUUUGUGAAGUGCGAUGACUUGGAUGAAGACGAAACCCCUAAGGAACCAGAAGAUGAAGGGGCGGCAUCGACAGAGGAGGAGGCGGCAACCAACAAACAUGGUGUCGUUGAGGAGGAGGAUGUCAUGGUGUUAACGAGCGCUAAUUUUGAUAGAGUUAUUGACUCGGAAGACAUCAUCUUGGGGUUUUAUGCUCCUUGGUGUGGACAUUGCAAGAGUCUGGCACGGAAGUACGCCAGCGCCGCCAAGACACUGAAGGAACAUGAUCCCCCGAUCCCGCUCGCUAAGGUGGACGCCACAGAGAAUGAGGAUCUGGGCACAAGAUUUGAAGUGUCUGGUUAUCCUACUCUGAAGUUCUUCAAGAAUGGCCAGGCGUUUGAUUACGAGGGUGGAAGAACAGAGUUUGAGAUUGUGCAGUACAUGAAGGAGAGAGCUGAUCCACUAUGGAGGCCCCCUCCAGAUGCUGUCAUCACACUGACCAGUGACAACUUCACCGAGGUCAUCAACAGGGAGGACCUCAUCCUCGUGGAGUUCUACGCCCCAUGGUGUGGACAUUGUAAGCAACUAGCCCCCCAGUAUGAGAAGGCUGCCAAGUCACUGAAGCAGCACGACCCCCCAAUCCCCCUGGCCAAGGUGGAUGCCACAGUCAGUACAGAUUUGGCUAAGGAGUAUGGAGUGUCGGGAUACCCAACCUUGAAGAUAUUCCGGAAAGGUCGAGUGUCUGAGUACAAAGGAGAACGUGAGGAGAGAGGCAUUGUGGGAUACAUGAUCCAGCAUCAAGGCGAGGCAGCAAAGGAGCUUGAAACUGACAAGGCAGUUCGCAACUAUAUGAGUGAUGACGACAUCAGCAUUGUCGCCUUCUUCAGCAACAAUGAUGACCCCAGACUCCAGAUAUACAAGGAUGCAGCCAAUGAUAUGCGGGAUGACUUUAACUUCGCCUUCACAUUGUCGAGCGAGGCCAGGAAUCGGUACAAGGUGAACCCAGGGUCUGUGGUGGUCUUCAAUGCCGAGAGAUACUACACCAAGUAUGAACCCAAGUGGCACAUUCUCAACAAGGAUGAGCUGACAUCUGAGGAUGUCUCCGAGUUUGUGAAGGCCCAUCAGGUACCACUAGUCGGCACGUACGACAGCUCGACAGAAAGACGCUAUGGAACAAUCAAACCACUGUGCUUUGUCUUCUACACAGUUGACUGGAGCUUUGAUGGCCGAGAGGCCACACAGAUAUGGCGAAGGAAGAUUGCUAAUAUUGCCAAGGAUUACAAGAAUGAGAUACACUUUGUUAUUGCCAAUGAGGAAAGCCAUGAACCGCUGAUCAAGGACUUCCAGUUUGAAGAGUCUGGCGAAGAGAUGAACAUUGGUAUUGUCGACGACAAGCAGAAGAAGUACCGAAUGGAACCAUUUGAAGAUUUUGAUGCUGAUGACAUUCGAGAAUUCCUGGACAACUACAAGAAGGGCAAGAUCGACCCAAUCAUCAAGUCUCAGCCUGUUCCUAAGAAACAGGGACCAGUGAUCACUGUUGUGGGCAAGACAUUCGACAAGAUUGUACGAGACAACAGUAAAGAUGUCCUUAUUGAAUUCUACGCCCCCUGGUGCGGCCAUUGUAAAUCUCUCGAACCAAAGUACAAACAGCUCGCCAAAAAGUACAAGUCUGCAAAACAGCUUGUCAUAGCAAAGAUGGACGCCACGGCCAAUGACGUCCCAGAUGACUUCAAGGUCGAAGGAUUUCCGACAAUAUAUUUUGUUCGGUCUGGAGAUUCGAAACCGGUUAAGUACGAGGAGGGGCGUGAGGUGGAAGACUUUAGCAAAUAUCUCGAAGAGAAUGCCUCCUCUCUCGGUAAAAAGGCAAAAGAAGAAUUGUAACGUUUUAGAUAUUUUUAUUCAUUCAAUUCAUUAAUUCAUAUCAUGACCAUUUUCCAAAUGUGAGAAUCUUACUUUGUGAGGGACCAGUUUCUUUUAAUAUUACAAUUCUUUGUUUUGGGUUGAACUAUCUUGUUACCAUGGUUACAUAAAUGAUGUUAAUGACUGUUUGCGAUGAGGUUGAAUUUCAUUGAAUGUUUUACUCUGAUGUAUGAAUCUUAAUGAAUCAAUGUGAGAAUUGUUGAAGUGCUAUUAAUACAUGCGACACACUUUAUGUAAAAAAAAGAAAAUAUUUGUGUUAUUUCGAUUUCUGUUGUCAGAUUUGACUUCCAUUGAAUGAUUGAAUCUUAAUGAAUCACUGUGAGAAUUGUUGAAGUGCUAUUAAUACAUGCGACACACUUUAUGUAAAAAAAAGAAAAUAUUUGUGUUA